UACAAGCGUAAGUAUUCCAUAGAAGCCAUGAGUAUUACAAGACAACAAUGUUAUCACAAAUGAAAGAACCGUUAAAUUUAGUAUUUGAAACAUUAUGCACAGCAAUUUUGUGAUUGUCCCGGUGGUGAUUAUAGCGACCAUCUCAUUUUGCAUGCCUGGUUGGAGAAGUUAUGAAUUUACACACUUGGAAUAAUUUAGAGAAUGGAAACGAUAGCAUCAUUUAUCGUAACACGAUACUUGCUGUUUAUUUAAAGAUGAAGGGAAAGAAAAUAGCAUCAUUACUCGUCUGUCAGGAUAUUUUCGGUUUCACGUGGAAUGCAGAGUGCCGACCUCGUUCAACUACACUUCAGAUGAUAUCACUGAUAUAUCACUGAGUAUGAACGAGACGAUGGAUAUUGAGAAAUUGGUGAAAGGAAAAACAAAAUCGUUGAAGGUCAAAGUUGAAUUCAGAAAUUCCAAUUGGAAUUCUUUACACAGUUAUAUGGUCGGAGAACGUCUGUAUGUUGAAAUAUCGCUAGAACGAGAAACUUCAAAUGAAAUAUUGUCAAAAUAUGGAUUUCUUAAACCGGUUACUUGUUAUGCAACUCCUAAUAAAGAAAGUUUUGGCCCUCGAUAUUACAUACUUGAAAACGGUUGCGUGAGAGACGAGACAUUUCGAUACGAAAUUAGGAAAACCCACAGUUGGCAAUCCGCUGCAUAUGAGCGUCAAGCAUACUUUAGCUUUGAAUCUUUUUCUUUUAAAGAACGAUCUGGUAAACUGUAUUUGCACUGUAGUGCUCGAUUCUGCAUCAACCAGACAAGUGGAAAUAAAUUUGAUUUUAACGGAUGCGAGAAUAUGUGCGAGGAGAAUAAAGAAACCACGGCAAUGACGACAACAACGAGAAGAGCAAUAAUGACAACUACAAGUGUAAACAGUGUUUUGUCAAGAAUGAAGAGGGCUGCUAUCAAUUUGGGGAUAUACAGUGAAGAGAAGAAAUUCAUUGAGCGUAGUACUGAAAAGGUAGUUCAUCUCGAUGAAGAGUAAACCGAAUGGAAAAAAGAAAUCUGACUUCAACGAUCUUCGUCCACGUAUCGAACAAUUGCAGCGUUAUAUUGUCCAAUACUUUUUUUGAUCAAUAUUUUAUUAUAACAAUCAUAAAUAAAUGAAUAAUAAACGAGUUCUCAGUAGUUUUCAUACUUUCUAAUUUAAAGAUGUUAGGCAUUUUUGAUAUGAAUUCAAAAUACAGAGUACAAAAUGUUACAUGCAAGCACGCGGAAACAUAGGCACACAGGCAAACGCCUGUAUGCGGGAAAUGAUAUAGUGAAUACGGUGGUGGGAUUCAAAAGUUCAAGAGUAGGUUCUUUUUUGUAUCGAACUCACUAACAACAGGUUCCCUCAUUUCCGAAAAUACAUGUAUGUCACAACGUGAGCUCCAUUAACAUGACAUGCUUCCUCACAUAAAUCUAAUAGGCUACAUAACUUUCGAAACGUCGAAUAUACCACUGGUCGUCAGCAGCGUUCAUUACCCAUUUGUUGCGCUCGU